AUGAAGCGAUUGUUAGUGUAUGGAUUUAUGUUUGAAAUCGUCGGCAGCUGUUUAAUAUUCGCCACAAGACGCUUCAAACGCGCUCCGGCAAUUUGGGGAGAUCUGGUCCCGGACUAUUCAGCAGCGACCCUCGGAAUUACUCCUUAUCGUUAUUUGUACACAUUACUUUUUGUUGAUGAGAAGAUUACGGAUUACUAUGGAUAUGACAUGUCGCGAGUAAAAACUAAUAUACUUAAGGUGGUUGUGGAAGCAAAUAGGUAUUUCAACCAAAUCCGACUAGGAAUUGUGGUGGUCGAUGUGUUGCAAACAACGCGAAGCAAUCUGAGUCUUUAUGGAUUCCAGGAAUAUCGACGGCAACGCAUUCACAAACUACCUCUCCACGACUUCGCCGUUCUGAUGUCGUUUCGCUACGCUGGUGGCUUGGCCUUUGUCGGAGGGCUGUGUUCCGACAAGGCCGUUAUGUUGUGCGGGUUCUAUCCUUCGUUUCCGUCUGCAAUGGGAUCGAUAUUCUUUCAUGAGGUUGCUCACUUAGUUGGUGUACCUCAUCGACCUGCGAACUAUUCACUGUACGUACCAAACUGUGCAUGCAAACGAAAGGGGCAGCCAAAUGGAUGUCUACGAAUUCCUGGAUUUCAUCAUGAUUGUACUGCCCAACAAUUUGUUAACGUCAUGUAUCAGAAGAAAUGUGUACGGACAACACCACUUAAUUCCGUCAGUGAGCCAAUUUGUGGAAACGGUGUUAGUGAACAUGGGGAGCAGUGUGAUUGUGGGUUGUCAACUCAGUGUGACGAUUGGAACUGUAUGUCAAACAGCUGCACAUAUCGAAUUCAGCCUCUUGCUAUUUUGUUAUUCGAAGUGUUGUUCUUCACGCUUUCCACAGUAACUGUACCACUUCUUCUGAAGCACACAGGAAUAAGGAUGAACUGCUUUAAAGCUCGUAAGAAACGUGAACUGAAUUUCGGUCAUACGGUGAUUCAGGCUCUUAAUUCUAGCCCAUACCAGUCUAGGAAGCAUCAUGGAUUCGGGAAAACGGUGAGUAUGGUCGAAAUGGUGUGCUCAGAACGUAUUUUGUUGAAGCUUCUUAUCCUUAACAAAAUUGUGACGCUGGUAACUAGAUUUGAGAUAGACAACAUGUCUCGCUAUAUUUCGUGA